GUCCAUGCGUCUCUGUAUCACCUUUUACACUCAAACCUUUUCUCUUAGCAGUCAUUUAGAGGACAUGUAGCGUAACCUUUUAUCUGCGAGUUUAUUUUUUUUAAAGUUAUUUUUCGUGCAUCGCAUGGAUUACAGUGUCCCAUUCAUGUUUUCCGGAUCGCGCGGAUUCAAGCUGCAGCAAACUGACAUGUGCUGUGACUGCAGCUGAGAGAGGUGGUGAACCAGCUGCUGCUGUGAUGUGAUGUGAGACUGGCUGAAAACCCUGAAGCAGAGAGUGAAACACACUCACUGGUUGAUGCAGCAUGACAACAGCCGUGCUCUUACUCUAUCAGGUCCCUGUGCCAUCCUCACAUGCCACCAGCCAGAUGUGACCCACUGCUACCUGUUUGUGAACCUGGGACCUCUCUGCCGAUCGUCAUGGGAUGUGGCACCUCUGUCGCCACGGAAACGCAAGGGAAAAGAGUGGAAACAGGUGUGGCUGGUUUGCAGUGGAGCGCACAAAGUGUUGCUGGCUCAAAAGAUGGAACAGUCAAGACUCCUACCCCGGCUCUGACUAUGAAGGCAGCCGUUCUGAUCCAGCGAUGGUACCGGCGCUAUGUGGCCCGUCUUGAGAUGAGACGCAGGUACACCUGGAACAUCUUUCAGUCGAUUGAAUACGCCGGAGAACAGGACCAGCUACAGCUCUCCAGUUUCUUUAGUUUCAUGCUGGACAACUUCACUCAGCUGAACGGAAAUGGACCAGACUUGAUCUCCCAGCUGCUGGACCCGGUGGUGGACCCCUGGUUAGACAGAGAGACCUGCUACAACCUGAUCCCUGUUCCAGAGUCGUACACCGGGCCCCGACUGUCGUUUCCUCUCUCCAUCUCUGACACCAACGCCCUGCUCAGUGCAUUUAAGGAGCAGCAGGCUCUACAUGCCAGAUAUGUUCUGCAGCUGCUGUACGAGACCAAAAAACUCCUGAAACAGAUGCCCAACAUCAUCCACUUGUCAACAUCCUACACCAAAGAGAUCACUAUAUGUGGUGAUCUGCAUGGGCGCCUUGACGACUUACUGCUCAUAUUUUAUAAGAACGGCCUUCCCUCUGCGGAGACGCCGUAUGUGUUUAACGGGGACUUUGUGGACCGUGGGAAAAAGUCGAUCGAAGUGGUCAUCCUCCUGUUCGCCUACCUUCUGCUUUACCCCGACUACAUGCACCUGAACCGAGGAAACCACGAAGACCACAUAAUGAACCUCAGAUAUGGGUUCACAAAAGAAGUCAUGCAGAAGUACAAGACUCACGGCCGUGAGAUCCUCCAGCUGUUUCAGGACAUUUUCAGCCUUCUGCCGGUCGCGACAGUGAUUGACGGGAAGAUCCUGAUCGUUCAUGGAGGUAUAUCAGACCAGACUGACCUGGACUUCCUCAGCUCCAUAGACAGGCACAAGGUGAAAUCCGCCCUGAGGUUUCCCAGACGCAGUUUGGAGCAGCUGGACCUCGGUCAGUCCUGCAGGCAGGCAAAAAGGAUGAGAUCGACGGACAGCUCUCGUCCCAGCAGCAGUCGCAGCCACAGCAAGAACCAAAGAACUCCCAACCUGAGAAAGAGGCGAUGCGGGCUCAGCCGGCAAGACAGCGCAGCUUCCACUUCUUCCUCUUCCUCAUCCUCCUCAUCUUCCUCUUCGCUCUGCUCUCCUCGAACGCCAUCGUGCCUCUCGCCUCGUCCGUGCCCGUCUUCUCCCAGCAUGCCUUACAAUAUCAAUGUCCUCCAAGUGCCUUUCCUGGACUCUCUGUCCUCUGUUCCCCCUCCUUUACCUCCGCAACAUGAACGAGAAUGGAAACAGAUAGUGGAUAUAUUGUGGAGUGACCCUAAAACCCAAGAAGGCUGCAGUCCCAACACAUUCAGAGGAGGGGGCUGCUACUUCGGCCCUGAUGUCACCCAGAGACUGCUGCUCCAACAUGGACUCCAGCUGCUCAUCAGGUCCCACGAGUGCAAGCAGGAGGGAUACGAGCUCUGUCAUGGCGGACAGGUGAUCACUAUUUUCUCAGCAUCAAACUAUUAUGAGGAGGGAAGCAACCGUGGUGCGUACAUCAAAGUGGGCAGAGAACUGGUUCCCCGCUUCUACCAGUACCAAGUCAGCCGCACAACACGCAAACUCACCCUGACACAGAGGGUACGAGCCGCGGAAGGCUCGGCUCUCAAGGCCCUGAAAGAGAAGCUGUUUUCCCAUCGCACUGAGCUGAUGGCAGGCUUCCAGCAGCACGACCAGAAUAACACCGGAAAUGUGUCAGUCAGUGAAUGGGCUCAGGUGCUGGAGUCUGUGCUGAGACUGGACCUGCCCUGGAGGACACUCCGUCCACACUUAACCCGUCUGGCAGCAGAUGGCAGUGUGGAGUAUCAGUCCUGCUUCGAGGAUAUGGAAGCGGGGAUUCCUCUGCCUCAGGUCACUCCGAACUUGGCUGACACUCUGUUCAGAUACAGGACAGACAUUGAGAUAAUAUUCAACAUUAUUGACAAAGACCAUUCAGGUCUCAUCUCCACUGAGGAGUUUCGUCACACCUGGCGUCUUUUCAGCGCCCACCUGGGCGUUGACAUCGACGACAGAGCCAUCGAUGACCUGGCGCGAAGUAUCGACUUCAACAAGGACGGCAGUAUAGACUUCACCGAGUUCCUGGAGGCCUUCAGAGUGGUACACAAACUGGACAACAAGGAUCAGCAACUCAACGGAAAGAUUGAUGGAGAGAAGUAUUCGUGAAGGGAGAAACCUGAACAUUAAAUUGCUGAAGUCCUGCAUGAUCAGCAGAGAAAGUAAUGGAGGAAGGAAAGCAGGAAUAAGAAGACACAAUUUAGUAUUUCUUAAGCACCUUUAGACAGUUGAACACUAAAAAGUGGUAGAGAGUUGGUGAUGUACCUACAAUUAUUGGUACAUUUUGUCAAUUGUUGGUGUAUUAACUGGAGUUUGUUACCAUCUAGUAAGAUGAUGUUGGUAGCAGACAGAGUCCUGAGCUUAGAGGUUCACAGGACACAAACCCAAGCAAACGUCAACCAAGUGAAAAAAAAAUGCUAGAAAAAAGGGCAACUGUAAUAAUCUGAAUAGACUUGAGGCUACACAUAUUUUAGGUGCGGUUUGAUUUAGUGCAGGUGCAGACUUCUGAGAAACACGUGAACAACAGAAGUACCAGUGCAAUGCAGCACAAUCCAAUACAGCUGUUCUGCCCCGAAGUCUGCUUUAAUAAUGCUGAUAAUGUUCAGCGUUUCCGACACUGUCACAGAGGUGUUAAUUAAGUCAUAUGUUUUAGCAGUGAGGUUAUGGUUAUUGGCGGUGUUGUACUGGACUGGAUUGUACUCAGAGGUGUUUCUAAUAUUCUGCCUCCUAUGUGUGUAAGUAGGAGAAAUAUAAUGUAUAAUAGAAACACAUAGGCCUAAUGAAAAAUAGAAACACCUGUCAAUAUAAUUGAUUGUAGUCCAGUAUAACACCACCUUUAACUAUGACCUCAGUAAUGAACAUGUGAUUGAACUUACACAUUUCAGACAAUGUCAACGAAAAAAAAACAACAUUAUGAACUUAGUUAAGGUGGAAUAAAUGACAGAGCUGUUGAAUUCAGUUGCAAUUAGUUGCACAAGUGUCCCUAAGAAAGUGGACAUAGGUUGUAUCUCAGUACUGUAGUAUUGCAAGUAUUGAUGACUGAAGGCUUCAGCAUUGGAAAAAAUGCUGCUGCUGAAGUCAGGGUUUCAGCUGGUAUGUGUUCAACUGUUGGACUAAAAUUGAAUAAAAAUGUUAUUGUUGUUGUUGUUUUUUAGACUA